GCUGGACUGUUAAAGUUUCUCCUCUUAUUUUAUUAUUUAUUUUAAACCAUAUGUGCCAGUGUUAAGGGCCCUACUAAGUCCCAGUACAACAAUUGCUGGUGCCUCCUGGGUCUCGUGGGAUAUUGCUAAAUUUCGAAUUAUCGAUUCAUUUCGAAAUUUCCUUCGAGCCAAGACUAAUAAAACGGGUUAGCUACGGUUCUGAAUCAGUCAGCUCCUGUAUCCACAAUCAAACGGAUAGCCAACAAAGGAGCACAAUGGGUUACAAACCAGAAAAUAUAAAUGGAAUAGAGAAUAUCGACAGCGCGGAGAUCUUCGAAAAGGGCGAAACCAAACCAUUCAAAGCAAAAAUCGCAUGGCCCAACGUCUUGGGGUUCGUCCUGCUUCACUUGGCUUGUCUUUAUGGCCUGUUUCUUUUACCUAGGGCUAAAUUACUCACCAGUUUCUACACUCUGUUCCUGAUGCACUUCAGCGGGCUAAGUGUGACGCUAGGUGCACAUAGACUUUGGUCGCAUCGAAGUUACAAAGCUACACUUCCGCUGAAACUUAUUCUUCUAUUCGGGCAGACCAUGUCUGGGCAGAACUGCCUAUGGGUGUGGGUAAGGGACCACAGACAGCACCACAAAUACAGCGAUACGGAUGCCGAUCCCCACAACUCGUCAAGGGGUUUCUUCUUCUGCCACAUAGGAUGGCUCAUGGUACAGAAGCACCCCGAAGUCUUAGCCAAGGGGAGACAAAUAGACAUGACCGAUCUUACUGCUGAUCCUUAUGUCAUGUUCCAGAAAAGAUAUUACAAAACAUUGUACACGCUCUGUGCCAUAAUUAUUCCGGUAAUCAUCCCAUGGUACUUUUGGAAUGAGGACAUAAUCAACAGUUUGUUUAUAUGCUACUUUGCCAGAUAUACGCUCCAACUCAACUUUACCUGGUGUGUAAACAGCGUCGCCCACAUGUUUGGAAAUAAGCCAUACGACAAACGAAUCAGCCCUGUGGAGAGUACCUUCGUGAGCAUUUUCGGAUUGGGAGAAGGCUGGCACAACUACCACCACACAUUCCCCUGGGACUGCAACGCUGCGGAGUUCGGAAAAGACUACAACUUGUCUUCCAGGCUGCUGGGUCUUCUGGAGCGGUGGGGUCUCGCGUACGAUCUGAAGGUUGUUGGCAGGCAGAUGAUGAUAAAUAAAAUUGUGAAGUACGGCGACGGCACCCACCCUGUCUUCUGA